AUGGCAGCCACAUUCUGGAGUAAUGAUCCCUAUGCUCGGCCAAAUGGCUACAUCCCUCAAGACCGUACACGUCCCAUUGACAUCACCCUUCCAAUCGAUAGAAAUCCAUCUCAGAUGAUACCCGGCUCUCCCUAUAUACCUGCUCCUCAACCCACCCCAAUUCUUCGCCCCCAACCGUAUUACGCCUGGCGCGCCACCCCUGAACGUUCAUCCCCUCCUCCCGUUUUCCCUUACUCGCCACCCGUGCCCAGCUGGGACCGGGACUGGGACUCAGACCGCGAUGCUGUUCCGAAGUCGUGGAAGCAAACCUGGUCCGACCACUCUGACGAUACAGAAGAUGAUGAACCUGUGAUCCCGUAUCCCAUACCGCACUUCAGUCGACGACCUGAUGCACCGACUCGUACGCACGCUGUAGAUAGGCGCCCGCAUCGCCAUCGCCACCCAUAUCCGACAACAACAACAACCGCCACCCAGCACCGCCCUCGUCAUGUCCGCCUUCUCUCCCCAUCCCUAUCAUCUUCCUCUUCCUCGGAAUCAUCGGUUUCGUCUAAUAGUACGGAUGUCGAGUCGGACAUAUCCUCGGAUACCUUGGUGGACAAUGACGAGACUCCAGUUCUGUCACGCAGACGACCUAUUUCCCUACCGCAUACUCCAGGCGUUGAUCCCUCCGUACUCGUUGUCCUCCCAUCCCCAUGGCCAGCAUCUCGACGUUCUCCAUCUCGUAGUCGUACUGCAUCAGCAUGUUCGUCGAUACGAAAUACACUUCGCCGUGCGUUCGGUACGAAACCUUCGCCAGGCAUGUCAUCCAAUGGUACCCCUGUGUAUGGGUACGAUCAGUCUGGAGCAGUUAUCGUGUUACCUGCGAGCACCGCUCCCACACCCAGAAUAGCCGCUUCACCACCCCUGAAUCCCAGUCCUACUGAACCUCGUUCACCUAUCCCCGCCCAGGCCGAGGCCCAACCCCAAGCCCCUCAUGCAGCUGAUCCAACUCUUCCGAGGGCAGACGAAUGGAUGUCGCCCUGGGCUUUGACGCCGUUCACCGCUCUUGUCGAUAUCCCAGAAGACCUCAUCGCCACCAAUGCCACGACCCCGAUUUCGAGCUCUAAUCUCGCACCAGCUGUCACCUUCACUUACUCACACUCGCAGUCCUCCACCUCCAAUCCUGGCCCAUCCACCCAGACUCAGACUCAGACGCGAACCGAAACCGCCGUCGGCUUCGUCUGGGCCACUUCGCCUCGUCAAUACCGCACUUUCCUGUCAUUAGGCCAAUACAUUUCCGCUUUGAAAUGUCUCCACUUUGACGACUUGUGUGGGUUCGAAAUAGUUAUGGCUUGCGUCGAGGGAAGUCUAGAUGAGGUGAAUGAAAUCAUGAUGAGGCGGAGGAGAGAGAUGAGCUGGGACGUAGGUGGGGAGGGUGAGGAUAGAGCGGAGAGAGUGAGGAGGAUGGCGAGGUGGAGUGGUGGGUUUAGGGAGUUGUUGGGGAGGGGGAUGAGGGCGAAGGUCGCAGGCGCUUGGUGGAGGGAUGAAAGGCAGCGGAUGGCGAUGGGACAUGGACAAGAAGCCCACAGAGGUAGGGAUGGACUGUUCGUGGCGGGAUCGUUGAAGCACUUGUUGAGAGAGACAGGAGAUAGGGAGUUGAUGAUCCCUCCGGAGAUGGAUCAGCAAGACGGACAGAGUGGAGAGAGGGACGUGCGGGACGUCUAUAUUGAUCUGGUGCUGGUAGCGGAGGUGCUGAUGGAGGUUCGAAGAGAGGUGACGAUCAGACCGUCAUCGCCUGAGGCGAUGCCUGAGCAUGCAGAUGGACGAAGGCGGACACAGAGGCAGGAAGGGCCGGCACGAGGUCGCCGGGAUACGACACGGGGCCCGACACAGGAUAGGCCGUGGAGAAGGGAGAGACUGGAGAGGAUGAGGUCUCCUCGGCUACAACGACCUGCACGAACUGAGCACUAA